AUGCCUGACCAAACCCUCGAAGCGACGGACUCAGAACCGCAGCAGCAACCCAGUGUUGUCUCUUGUCCCAGAAAAGCUCAACGAGUUUUGUUUUGGCUGGCAGCGACAAAGGCAGGGGGAGGGACCGAAGUGGCCAGCCAGUACCACCACAAUAUGGUGGCCACCAGCUGGUUUAUGACCAGCACUUGUGCCCUUUGGGACAACUUUCAGAGCAGUCCCGUCCAGAAUGCACAGCUGCACUCUGAAGUAGUGGAAUCCUCUCCCCCACUUGGUGAAAAGUCCCAGACCAGCUCUGGUCUUUUCUCUGAUGAUGACGACUCUCAGGACUUAUUCUCUACAAACAAGGACACAAAAAGACACCAGUCAAAGCAAUCCUUAGGUCAGAAUGCAUCCAAUCAGAAUCCAAUCUCGUUCUUCGAUGAUGAUGAGGGUGAUCUCUUCAGUUCCGCUCCAUUGAAGGAUGUUUCUGCAACAAAGAAAUUGCAGCAACUGCAUGACCCUAAAGCUGCAACUACGGGAUCAAAAUCUACAGCUUUGUUUGACAGUGAUGAUAAGGAUGAAUGGCAAAGUUUGGGACAACAAACGUCUUCGGCUUCACAGCCUGUGGGUGGGAGGAAACAGGAGGUGCCCAAGGCUACUGCAACCUCAAGAGCACCAAAGAAGACCAGUCUGUUUGAUGACUACACUGAAGAAGAUGACUUAUUUGGUGUGACUCAGAAGGAAAGUCAGAAGAAAUCCCAGAAAGUGUCCCUUUUGUUUGAAGAUGAUGAUGAAGGUGAUUUGUUUGCAUCUAAGCCAGCAGCUAACAAACCUGCUCCUUCUCAGAAGCCUUCUCCUCCCCAGGGUUCAUCUCUCUUUAGCGAAGUUGAGGGCAGUCACUCUGUCGCAGAGUUUGAUGGGAAGAGACAAGUGGAACAGGGAGCUGGUGUUAAACCAGUGUCAGUGGGAGCGGCGCACCUAUUUGCUGGGAUCGAUGUUCUUGAACAACAAAGUGAUACAAAAGUGCUGGACUCUGAUACUGUCGUUUCCCAGGAAUGUGAUGAUCCAGCCAGACAGAGUGUUGUUAGUCUGCCGGGCGAAUUGCACAGCAAUCUGAACUCUGUUGUGAGCCUGUUUGAUGGAGAGGAAGAUGACAAUCUGGAGGAUAUGCUCAAUCAGUGUAGCCUCAUUAAAAAUGAAAAGCUUCCUGAGGCUGGUGUUAGCACCAGAGUGUUCCAGGAUGAGGAGUUGCUAUUCAGUCAACAACAACAGAAGGACAAUGACCCUGAUGUCGACCUCUUUGCUGACACUCUAAAGCCAGAGGUUAAAAAGCCAGAGAAAAAGCCUCCUGUUAGCCCUCCACCUACAGCACAGGCAGGGCGCCCAGACCUUCCGAGCUGUGAUCUUUUCGACGAAACCGACAACCUGUUCAGCACCUCAAAGCCACGGUCUGCAAAAACACCUUCAUCCAAAGGAAGUAUUUUUGAAGACGGUGUAGAUGAGGAUCUCUUCAGGACUGUUCCAAAGAAACCAUCUGUGCCACAAACGAAGCCAAAGUUUAGGGGAACAGGAAUGUCGUUGGGUGCCUCCACUAAAACCAGUGAGCCUCCUAAGGAAACAUGUGAUGAAGUUCUGAAAAAACAAAGACCAGGGGAGAAGGAACGACUCACCAACACAGGUCCCAUUAAAACAAAAGGGCCUUCCUCUCGGAUUGGAAAACUCCAAGCAAACCUGGCAAUUAACCCAGCCAGUCUCCUACCUGGAGCUUCACCUAAGGUAGCUGUUGUUCCAUCUGGGUCAGCAACCCCAUCUUCUCCAUCUGAUUCCUCUUUGAGAGAAACCACACCUUCAGCAUCAGGACCAGUUGCAGGCGAGAGCAUCACUGCGAGUUUUGAUCAACCAGUACAAGUGGACGUUUUGCCCAGUGUUAAUAAAAGCCGUGCAAGAGUCGGGCAGAAACGUCGACCUCCAACCAGGGUGGCACGGAGACUGGCAGCUCAGCAGUUUGACAAGAGAGAAGAUUUGGAUCAAAGAACUGAAGUUGAUGGAGUUCUUUCAGAAGCAAGUGGUAUUGCAGACAUUUCACCAGUAGUCACCGUUCAAAAACCACAUUUGGACAAGACACCGACCUCACUGCAAGCCGGUAAUGAUGCCAGCCCUUCCUUUGCCAACUCCACAAAACUGCCAGUAUGCUCCUCAAGAGAUCUCUUCGAUUCGAAUGAUCUGUUCAAACCAAAUGUGACACAGGAGCCAACUCCGGCAGUCAGGACAAUGGAGGAUUUGUUACCCAAGGAGGACCCAGUUCAAUCAAUCUUCGCACCAAGCGAGGAUGACCUUUUUCAAUCCAGUAAAUGGACUGUGAAGAAACCCAAACCAGUGGCAUUUCUUCAAGAGGAUGAUGAUGAUCUUUUUGGUGCACCAAAAUUAGGGAAAACUAAGCUCACAGGGGCACAGAAGAGUUCAAAAACGCUAGAUAUCUUUGAGGAUGAUUUGUUUUCCACGGAGUCUGUUACUUUGACCAAGAAAAGUAAUGAGGGGAGUGCAAAUAUCGACCUCUUCAGUGAUCACGUAGACAUAUUCGCCGACUUAAAAGUUGCCCCAAAGGAGAAGAAGAGCCGGAAGAAAGUAGAAACAAAGUCUAUAUUUGAUGAUGACAUGGAUGACAUUUUUGCUUCUGCCACGCCCUCAUCCAAUAGCAAGAAACAAUCCAAAUCCAAGAGCAGUUCAAAGCAGGCUGCAGUUCCUGUCAGCAUACCAGAUAGCAAAACUGUGGACAUUUUUGAUGAUCCUCUGAAUGCUUUUGGACCAUGAGAUUUGGUGACAAACAUCGUUCAUAAAAUUAUGGGAAGGAGAAAGAGAGAAUUUUAUUUUUACUAUUUGGCACGGGAAGUAUUGAGUUGCACUAAAUGGAGAAAUAAUUUGCCAGAAUGACACUGUGUUGACACCAUUGACAGGCUUGUUUUUUAAAUCAUAGGCACUACUCACUGCUGAUGUGAACUUUGGCGCUAGCCUUGAUGAACAAUGACAGCUACCUUUACUUUGAAGAUUUGAUGGUGUGCUUACAGUAGUUCUGAACGCUUCACACUAAUUUGCUUUGUGCACUGGACCUGUCAUAAGCAUUUUUCUUUCUGUCACCUCUGUACAACAGUUCCUUAGUCAUUAAAUCAUGGUAUCCUUUAACCAAGCUCUAAUCAUUCUCAAUUUUUAUAAUAGUGAAUUUUUUUCUCAAAUCCAUUGACCAUGGAAAGUUUUUUUUUAAUUUGAGCUUUAAACACUUCAUCUCAUAGAGCUACACAUUGGACUUGUUACCUUUCAAAUGGUCUUUGUUUGUUGAAUUUUUUUUUAAUUCACCUGUAUAGUUUUGAGAUAUCAGAUUUAAGAUUGACCUUGUGAACUACGUUCCAUUUUUCUGGAAUGGAAACAUCAAUUAAUUCAGUGUAAGAUAAUGUAAAUACUUCUGAAAUGAAAGAUAUGUUUCAUAAAUAUACUUGUUGCAAGCUUACAAAGGCUAAUGAAUAAUAAAUGUUAUAGAAUUUACAAAGAUCAUUGUGUUGAGUAUAGUAAAUUGCUGUUUUAUCUGUUUACUUCAGGCUGAUGUCUUUGGUUAUCUGUUCUGUUUUGAAUUAAAAUUGCUGGAAAAUAAAUUGCACAGUGAACAAA